AUGACCAGGCAAGAUGCGCACUCCUCUCGUCUGAGCUCCGCAACUACGGAUUCAUGGCAAAGCUCGGAUACAAUCAAGCCCUCGACCCUUUUCCAGGGCGCUGCGCGUCGCGCUCCUAUGAAGGUUAACACGGAGACUGGCAGAAACAAGGUAUCUAAUGACUUAGAUGUAUCUCCCACCUCUGCAGGUCCCUCCUCGACCUCCCCCAAUGUAUCCCCGCGGGAUCAUCGAAUGAGCGACUUUGGAAAUUACAGGCGCGACCUAAAGGUAUUGGAGUCUUCUAGUAACCGCAUACCCCAGAUUUCACAUAAUCCUCCCUCGGCCCUGGCUUCCCCCAAUCAGAUCGCCCCAUGGAUGACGACCAACGGUUCGAAUGGAACGCCCACAAGCGCGAAUGCUUUUGGGACGAGCUUCUAUGAUGAUUCGAGCGACAAUCUUUCUCAGGGUUCGGCCUUGUCUCCAGGCUUCAGGCCGGGAACAGCCUUGACCGGGAAUACAGCUGCGAGUGAUUCGCCUGCCGAUAUGGAAUUUGGAUAUGGAAGGCGACCUUCUGUUGCCAGCGUGACGACUGCGAGCAGUACGGGCUCAAAAUCAAGUCGAGGAGGCAUCCAUAAGUCGUUAAAAAAUCUAUUUGGAGAUGAGUUUACAGGGAAGGAUGGGUCAGAAUCGAGCCUUCCUCAAAGCCAUCGAUCACAUUCAUUUGCGCGAAGUCACCGAGAAAGAAACCUUUCAUCUGCUACCGACAACACGCAACGGGACAGGGACGCAUCGCCUGCUUCCUCUAGACCACGAACGCCAGUUCCUUCUAGUGAUGUGGUUCCAUUCCUCUACCAAGACUCACAGGAUAUCAACCGUUACGGAGAAGCGCCUAUCAGAGAGAAACUCUCUGGCCCUGAUCGGGAACGAUAUACAGGUGAAACAACUCAAAAUCUGCUGCUGAAGACCUCCUCGCGAUCCGGACAUCAUUCCCAUGUACAUCUCCCUGGACACAAUCACCGACAAAACAAGAGUAGCGACGACUCAAAGGCUUUACAUCCAACAAUAAGUCGGGAAAAUUCAGCAUUCAACACGAAGCAUAAAGAUCGUGCGCCGACUUCUAUGGGAACCGCUCUGGGCAACGGGUCCAAUUCGAGCCUUUCAACCAGACCAGCUAGCCCAACUCCAAGUGGAAUGAGUACUUGGGCUCAAGGAACGGCCAAGACCGCUAUAUAUGACGGGUCUACAUCGCCACCAGGACAGCCUGCCAAACGGAGCCUGUUAGGUCGUUUCCGGAAGCACAAAGAUAAUAAACUGAAGGAUCUUCCGGGUUCUGUCCGCUCGUUCAACUCGCCUGCCUCGAGAUCAGACAAUGGCAAAACCAACGGUUCCCCUGACAUCGAUCCCUGGAAUCGCGAAGCAAGCCUAGCAGGAUCAGAAAUCAACCUUCCUUCCAAGAUUGACAAUGGCCAAUUUGGCCGCCCGCCUGCUCAGCCCCGGCAAGGUACCUUCCACAAGUUGCCCUUUAGGAAAGGCAGAGGGAAGAUCGUGGACGAAUCAGAAUCUGUUUUAGACUCGAAUGAAAAGGGCGAUCCAAACUCUGGAGCAAUCUUCAAUCUCGAUACGAAUCUGUCGAAUAUGGAAGGUAUACUUGCCAAACCGCAGCCCUUGACACCCCUUGAUAACACGAUAUUUGCCGGGAACGCGGAAGACGAAGCCAAAUUAGAAGCCGAGAAUGUCAGCAGCCUAGGUUGGAACGCCCCUGAUAGCUGGGCCGUAAAAAAGGUGCACGAUGACAACAUGUCUAGACUUCCUGAAAUAGACGAUGAGGGAGUGCCGCCGAAAGCAGAGGAAAAAGGCUCACCUUAUUGUAUUCGAAUAUUCAGGCUCGACGGAACGUUUGCAACACUUUCAACGGUGCUCAAUGCAACAGUCACCGACAUCAUGAGCCAGCUUGGCAGGAAGACCUUUAUGACUGAUAGUCUCGAAAACUAUCAGAUUGUGAUGAAAAAGCACGAUCUCCAGCGCAUACUUGGAGCUGGCGAACGGCCGGUAGUAAUCCAGAAGCGCCUACUCGAACAAGCUGGAUACGAAGAUGCAGACAAAAUUGAGGAUGUUGGUAGAGAAGACAAUAGCUAUCUUUGCCGAUUCUCUUUCAUUCCUGCUCGUGAGAGCGGCUAUGCCAAUGUUGCCAACGAUCCCACAGUCAGUCGAGUGCAAAAAUACAGCCAUGUCGACUUGUCUGGAAAAAAUCUUAUCACAAUCCCUAUCGCUCUCUACUCCAAAGCGUCUGAGAUUAUAUCACUGAACCUGUCGCGGAAUCUUUCACUUGAUCUACCAAAGGAUUUUAUACAAUCCUGUCAAAACCUCCGCGAUAUCAAGUUCAUCAACAACGAAGCCUGGAAACUUCCACCCAGUCUCAGUCAGGCUACUCGACUUACCAUCCUUGAUGUGUCUAAUAAUAGACUGGAACAGCUCGAGCACGCGGAGCUGUCAAGACUCUCUGGGCUUAUUAGCUUGAAAUUGGCCAACAACCGGCUUAGGAGCCUGCCACCUUAUUUUGGCGGAUUUAAAUCCAUGAGGACGUUAAACGUAUCAUCGAACUUCCUUGAAUCGUUUCCUAAAUUUCUAUGCGGUCUAGAAGGGCUUGUUGAUAUUGACAUGAGCUUCAAUGGUAUUUCAAGCCUUCCAGAUGAGAUUGGCAAACUGAAGAAUCUUGAACGCUUCGUCAUGACGAACAAUCGUUUGACGGGUUCCCUCCCUGAAACUUUUGGAGAUCUGGUAAACUUGAAAGAGGUCGACAUUCGUUACAAUACCGUGUCCAGUAUCGAUGUUAUCGCCAAGCUUCCCAAGAUCGAGCAAAUCUCCGCAGACCACAACUCGGUGUCGAGUUGUGAGAAUGAGUUUGCGAGAAUUCGUGUCCUCCGCCUAAAUUCGAAUCCUGUGACCAAGUUCGAGAUCCAGAACGCUGUGCCAAGCCUCACUACAUUAAUUUUGUCUAACGCGAAACUUGCCUAUAUACCCGAUGCAGCAUUCGAUAGGAUGCCAAAUCUUGUCAAGUUGGUGCUAGACAAUAAUCACUUUGUGUCGUUACCUAGUCAUAUAGGAAAGCUUCGGAAGCUAGAACAUUUCAGCAUAGCAAUGAAUGCCUUGAGUGGUUUACCUCCGGAGAUAGGUUGUCUUACUGAGCUGCGCAUCUUGGACGUUAGGCAGAAUAACCUGAAGAAGCUUCCAAUGGAGUUAUGGUGGGCGAGUAAGCUUGAGACGCUCAAUAUAUCUUCCAACGUCCUCGACAACUUCCCAAAACCAGCUUCCCGAGCGCCUCACGUCCCUGGAGAAGUUCAAUCCCAGACGAUACCAGGACAAACAAAUGGCUCGAACAAUUCGAGUUUCGAGGAACUUGGCCCAUUGGAAGCUUUCGGCCAACGGCGACCCAGUCAGGCGUCAGGCGGCCUUCUUAGCGUUGGUGGCUCCCCAGUUCCCGGAGCAGCAGAUAGGAAAGGUUCUGUUGUUUCUGUCUAUGGGAAAGGUGGCCGCAAAACCUCCGUUGUAUCUCGAAGUGCGUCAGAAACAACAAUUGGGACAAUGACACCUCCAACAGUUACGCGAAAAGAUUCCGGGAUUUCAACUAGGCUGAUCAAUACAUUCGCCGGUUCACUGCGCAACCUCUAUCUCGCCGAAAAUCAGCUUGAUGACGAUGUCUUUGACGAGAUUACCCUCUUGAGCGAGCUGCGAGUCCUAAAUCUUUCUUACAACGACAUCAAUGACAUGCCGCAACGGUCACUGAAAAGUUGGCCUCAGCUUGUAGAGCUCUACCUUUCCGGAAAUGAACUCACAUCUCUCCCCUCGGACGAUUUCGAGGAGUUUAGUCUACUACAGGUUCUACAUAUCAAUGGCAACAAAUUUCAAACUUUGCCUGCCGAGCUUGGCAAAGCCCAUAGAUUGGCUGUCCUUGACUGUGGUAGCAACUCCCUUAAGUACAACGUUUCGAACUGGCCAUAUGACUGGAACUGGAACUGGAACACGAACCUCAAAUACCUUAACCUUUCGGGCAAUAAACGUCUUGAAAUCAAGCCGAGCGUACCUGGUGGUACAGGUUCACGGGACGGGCGAGAUCUCACCGAUUUCAGUGCGCUUCAGCAUCUGAGAAUACUUGGUCUAAUGGAUGUGACUCUGACUAUCCCAACCAUCCCGGACCAAACUGAAGACCGAAGAGUUCGUACAUCAGGCUCUCUUGCUGGACAGUUGGCAUACGGAAUGGCGGACACCUUGGGAAAGAAUGACCACCUGUCUCUCAUCGACAUGGUUGUACCCCGAUUCAACUCCGAGGAGACGGAAACGCUGUUGGGAAUGUUCGAUGGGCAAGCACUGUCAAAUGGUGGUUCCAAGAUUGCAAAAUACUUGCACGAAAAUUUUGGUCAUAUUUUCAUUGACGAAUUGCGAAGGUUGAAUACUUCUUUGAACGAAACCCCUGUAGAUGCGCUAAGACGCGCUUUCCUGGCACUCAAUAAAGAUCUGGCAACCGCCGCGACCCAGCACACAGAGGAGCGCUCCCUGCUAUCACAUCGAGGAUCAGCUGCUCCAGCCGUACUCAACCAAGCUGAUUUGCAUUCUGGUGGAGUUGCUACUGUUAUGUUUCUACAACAGUCUGAACUCUACGUAGCCAAUGUCGGAGAUGCACAGGCAAUGUUGGUUCAUUCGGAAGGCAGCCAUCGUAUAUUGACAAGGAAGCAUGAUCCCGCGGAGCCCAACGAACGACAGCGUAUUAGAGACGCUGGCGGGUGGGUAUCCCGUCAAGGCAAGUUGAAUGACAUACUUGAGGUCUCACGAGCAUUUGGCUACGUUCAACUUAUGCCCGCCGUGCAAGCUGCUCCUAAUAUCACCCAAGUAACCGUCAAAGACCAGGACGAAAUGAUUAUCCUGGCUUCGCGAGAACUCUGGGAGUACUUAUCCCCGGAACUUGUGGUUGACGUCGCUCGGAAUGAACGAAACGAUCUCAUGCGCGCUGCACAGAAAUUACGCGAUCUAGCAAUGGCUUUUGGAGCCACAAACAAGCUCAUGGUCAUGAUGAUCGGGGUUAGUGAUCUCAAAAAGAGAGCCCAGAUAAGGCCACACCGAGUCCAAAGCUUGAUGCUCAAUCCUUCAGCUAUUGUUGACGAGCCUUAUGCCGCCCCAAAACGAACUAAGAAGAAGGGCGAUUUUGUGGAUGAUUCCAUGCUACGUCGACUUCAGGCUGAAGUUCCAGCCCCUGUCGGAGAUGUUAGUAUUGUGUUUACUGAUAUCAAAAGCUCAACUCUCUUGUGGGAAACGUAUCCGAGUGCUAUGCGUUCCGCUAUCAAACUACAUAACGAUGUCAUGCGUCGCCAAUUGCGUAAUAUUGGAGGAUAUGAAGUCAAAACCGAAGGAGAUGCGUUCAUGGUCUCCUUUCCAACGGCAACCUCCGCCCUUCUUUGGUGUUUUGCUGUUCAAUCUCACCUUCUUGAGGUUGAAUGGCCCUCUGAGGUGCUGGGUAGCGUCCUGGGUCAGGAAAUUUACGACAAUGACCAAACCCUGAUCUUCAAGGGAUUGAGCGUAAGGAUGGGCGUUCAUUGGGGCCGCCCUGUGUGCGAGAAUGAUCCCGUCACCAGACGAAUGGAUUAUUUUGGACCUAUGGUUAAUCGUGCCUCUCGAAUAUCUACCGUUGCAGAUGGUGGGCAAAUUACAGUUUCAGCAGACUUUAUUUCCGAAAUCCAGCGCUGCCUCGAGACAUACAGCGAAAGCGAUCGAUCCGAUUCUACGGGAUCCGAAGAAGCAUAUGAUAACGAUCUUCUCUCGCAGUCCAUCCGCCGUGAAUUGGGUUCGCUCAGUAGUCAAGGUUUCGAGGUUAAGGAUAUAGGAGAACGCAAACUCAAGGGUUUGGAGAACCCAGAGUACAUCUACCUUAUGUAUCCACAUGCGUUGUCUGGUCGCAUUCACUAUCAACAACGAAUCGCAGAGACCGAUGCACUUGUCACGGCCGAAGAACCGGCUUCCCUGUCUCAGCAGACCCAAUUGAGUAUUGACACAGAGAGCGUCUGGGCCCUCUGGUCCGUUAGUUUGAGACUUGAAAUGUUGUGCUCAAGUCUAGAGGGAGAGAAGGGUAAUGGUUCUGCUUUGCAAGCGCCAGAGACAGCCAUGAUGGAGAAGAUGAAAAACAGGGGCGGGGAAGUUACCGAUCGAUUUUUGGUAAAUUUCUUGACCCACCAGGUUUCAAGAAUCGAGACCUGCAUUUCAGCUCUCGCAACCCGCCAUCUAGCAGCUGGUCGCCCUAACUUGACUGACCUUGACCAGCUUCGAGCUCCAAUGGGUGAUGUUCUGGGUGCCUUGACGGCACAACUACAGGAAUUACAGAGAUAUAAAGCUCGUUAUGGGGAGUUAGAUCAACCGCGAGAAGCAAAGCGAGAAGCGAGACGAGGUCCGACACGGGAUCCGAAACGGGAGUCAAGACGUAAGAGAUGA